AUGAAAGAUGAAAACCUUGAAAAACAUUUAGAAAUAGCUGUUUUUUACAUUAAUAAAAAAAUACAACCAAAUGGUUACUCAGUAUUUCAAAUAUACACAUAUCAACCGAAUGAAAUGUUAGAAUCUGAAAUUAAAAAUACUUCUAUGAACAUAGAAGAUGAAGUUGAAAAUUAUUUAUAUAACAAACAAUUAAUAUAUAAUUAUAUAUAUUCUAUAGAAACGUUGAGAAAGCUAAAAUUGAAAGAUGGACAAGUUUAUAAAGAGAACCCCUUUAAGAAAAAACAAAUUAUACUUGUAAGAAAAGGAGUUAAGGAAGAUGGACAUAAAUGGGAUGUUAAGAAUGAAAGACCAUCUACAAUAAUAGAUACCGAUUAA